CCGCAAUUACACUAUAAUACCUAUUUAUUGAAAGAAUUAUUUGUCUCUUUUGUGCCUAUAAUCAAGCGAAAUAGAAAAAAACAAAUAGAACGUAAUCUACAAGACAAAGGAAUACGUUUAAAGUGAUCCGAUCCGAACUUAUUGUUUUUUACGUCAAACUUCUGUGUUCUGUGUUGUUGAAGAGAAAGUGACGUGCAAUUUGUAGUUGUAAAGAGUUAUUCGGUAAAUCAUGAGUGAUCCACCAACAAACACUGAAUUUCCUGUCUGGAGUUUAUUGCCAAAAAAAGAAACUGGUGUCGUUUCUUUUUUAUCAAAGUAUCCUGCGUAUGAUGGAAGGGGUACAGUUAUAGCUAUAUUAGAUUCUGGAAUCGACCCAGGGGCACCUGGAUUAAAGACCACUUCCGAUGGAAAAGUUAAAGUUAUCGAACGUUUUGACUGCAGUGGUUGUGGAGAUGUUGAUACGAGCACAGUUAUUACUCCUAAGGAUGAGAUUAUCACUACCUUAACAGGAAAGAAAUUAAAGAUUCCUUCUUCGUGGAAAAACCCCGAAGGCACAUUUAGACUAGGUGUUAAACAUGCAUUUGACCUUUACCCCGAUAGAUUAAAGGAUCGUAUGAAAUCUGAGUACAAAAAAAAAUAUUGGGAUGAAGGUCACAGGAAAAAUGUUAGCAGUGUUAGCCGAGAACUUGCUGAUUUUGAUGCGAAACAUAAUAGUACUAAUUUAAAUGAUGUCGAUAAGUUAGAAAAAGAAAAUUUGGAUGCAAAAUUAGACAUUUUAAAUAAUCUGGAAAAGAAAUUUACUGAUGUAGGGCCAGUAUAUGAUUGUAUUUUAUUCCACGAUGGAGAUAAAUGGGUUUGCUGUGUAGACACUACUAAUGACAAUGAUUUAACAAAGUGUCCUCUUUUGGGUGAAUAUAGUAUAACACAUGAUUAUGCUCCCCUGACACCACAAGACAAAUUAAAUUUCAGCAUAAACGUUCACAACAACGGCAACGUUCUGGAAUUAGUUGCGGUCUGCUCAAGCCAUGGGACACAUGUUGCUUCCAUAGCUGCAGGAUAUUUUCCAGAUUCUCCACAGGAAAAUGGAGUUGCACCUGGUGCUCAAAUCGUUUCUUUAACUAUAGGUGAUGGAAGAUUAGGGUCAAUGGAAACAGGAACAGCACUUAUAAGAGCAAUGAUAAAGAUAAUAGAAUUGAAGAAGACAAUGAACGUGCACGUCAUAAAUAUGAGUUAUGGUGAACAUGCUCAUUGGGUGGAUGCUGGACGUGUCGGUGAUUUAGCCAAUGAAAUUGUUAACAAAUAUGGAGUGAUAUGGGUGUGUUCGGCAGGUAACAAUGGACCAGCUUUAGGUACUAUUAGUACACCGUCAGAUAUAAACAACGAACCACUUAUUAGUGUUGGCGCUUAUGUUUCACCAGAAAUGAUGGUGGCUGAGUAUGCAAUGCGACAGAAGUUACCAGGAGCUCCUUAUACUUGGUCAUCUAGGGGUCCAACGAUAGACGGAGGCAUAGGUGUCCAUAUAUGCGCCCCAGGUGGCGCGAUAACGUCUGUUCCGAACUUUACGCUUCGUUACUCUCAGUUAAUGAACGGUACAUCCAUGGCAUCACCUCAUGCUGCUGGUGUCGUUUGCGUUCUCUUAUCAGGACUGCUUCAACAAAACUUACCAUAUUCACCAUAUAUUGUUCGAAGGGCUUUAGAAAAUACUGCCCAUUUCAUACAGGGUGUUGAAAUACCUGCCCAAGGUAGUGGUUUAAUCCAAGUGGAGAAAGCAUUUGAUUAUCUGCUUAAUUAUAGCGAAAUACAAGAGAGAGACGUUCGAUUUCAAAUACAAUGCGGAUCUGCAAAUUCGAAAGGAAUUUACUUGCGUUCUAAAUUGAAUACAAAUUUACACACAUUUAAAGUUUCCGUCGAACCUCACUUCUUAGAUUCGGACAAUGUUGAUGCAGAGAGAAAAAUUAAAUUUAACAUGAAAUUAGUUUUGACUUGCAAUGCAGAUUAUGUGAAUUAUCCUAGUCAUUUAGAUUUAUCCAACGUUUCAAGAAUGUUUGCUAUAAAAAUUGAUACAUCGUAUCUAAGUGAAGGACUGCACAGUACGUUUAUUAACGCUUAUGAUGUCAGUUGUGUCGAGAAAGGGCCAGUUUUUAAAGUUCCGAUUACAGUUAUACAACCCAAAGAAGUAAUGGAAGUUAAAUAUCAAAUAAGUUAUGGUAAAAUUAAUUUUAAGCCAAACACCAUUAGGAGACAUUACUAUGUUGUGCCUAACAUGGCUACUUGGGCCGUUUUAAAGUUAGCUUCAGACGAAGAUAGUGGUAGAUUUGUUGUACAUACACUUCAAGCAAUACCUCGCCAACACUGUAAAGCACUAGAAACAAACAAGACGGUAGCUGUUACUUCUAAAUCUGACUCGUUCCUCUGUUUUCCGGUUAAGGGAGAUUUGGUCUUAGAAGUAGUUAUAGCUAAAUAUUGGGCCAAUCUCGGUGAAGCAAAUGUGGACUACUCCAUAUCCUUCCAUGGAGUGAAACCCAACCAACCUGCUUUAACAAUGCAUGCUGCUGAAGGUAUACAUACAGUUGAAGUUAAGACGCUGCAAGGAGAAGAAAUAGCUCCCUCCAUUAAUUUGAAGAAUUCCGUCCAAAUAUUAAAGCCCUUGGAAGGGAAAAUAGCUCCAUUAUCAUCGAGAGAUAUAAUUCCUCCUUGUAGACAGAUUUACAAGUUAGUUCUAGUUUACAAUUUCACUUUAUCAAAGCAAUGCGAAGUUUCACCAAAUUUAGCUCUUUUAAGUGAUAUGCUCUACGAGUCUGAAUACGAGUCUCAGUUCUGGCAGCUCUAUGAUUCUAAUAAGCAACUUAUGGGAUGUGGAGAUGCUUAUCCAUCGAAAUAUUCUGUGAAACUUGAAAAAGGGGAUUAUACUAUUCGGUUGCAAGUAAGACACGACAAGAAAGAUUAUUUAGAGAAAAUAAAUGAAGCACCAAUGUUAUUGUAUCAAAAACUGGCAAAUAAUAUACCUAUGGAUGUGUACCUGAGCUACUCCCAAGCAUUAGUUGGGGGUAAAAAGGCUGGAAUUACUCAUAAUUCCAAUCCUUAUGUUGUUAUUCCUUUGUAUAUAGCACCUUUGUCAUCAGACAAAUUUCCAGUUAAAUCUAAUAAUCCUGCACACUAUUUGACCGGUACAGUCACUUAUGCUAAGGAUGAUCUUGGAAAAAAAGCUGAUACAUAUCAAAUUAAGUAUUUUCUCACGGAUAUAAAUGUGAAAAAAUCUCCUCAGAAUAAUGGUAAUAACAAUUCCGAGAAAACUAAGCAAGAUGAGUACAAUGAGGCAGUGAGAGAUGUGAAGACACAGUGGCUUCCAAAAUUAGAUAGUGCUACAGCUGAAACUUUAUAUGAAGAACUAAUAAAAGAGUACCCAGAUCAUCUGCUUGUUCAUUCAGCUUACUUGCAGGUCCUGGAUCCGCUAGACAAACGGGUACUACCCACUUUUAAGAAGCAAACAUGUUCAGCAGAUGAUCUCAAUAAAGUAAUUUCCAUUUGCAAUAAAGUGACUGAGAGUCUAAGCGAGGAAUCAAUUUUAGCUUUUAUUGCAACCAAGACUGAUUUACGUCCUGAUGCGGCUAAAAUAAAAAGUGCAAUGGAGCAGCAAAAGAAUAUCUACCUAGAAUGUCUUUCGAGGAAAGGUAUUGCCCUGUGCCGCCUUUCUGGGUUGGAGGCAAAUAAGUUGGAUGAGAUUUCUAAUGUAUGGAAAUCUUUAGUGAAAUUUAUAGAUCCAAGUGAUGCAAAAGUAUUUACUACCCAUGUUUUGUAUUUUACAAUUUGGCACUCAUUUGUAAAUAAACAGUAUGGUAGAUUAAUGAAGUUCAUUUUAAAAAUGCAAGAGGAUAAACCUAGUGAGGAGAUAGAAAAGCGCAUUAUUGAGUAUUGUGAGAAGCUCAACUGGGAACACAUUGCUCAACAUUUGCAGAGAAGUCUACCGUCGAAGUUCCCUUCCACUUUUAAACCAUUUUAGUGAUUGUCCGUGUUAGCCAUUUUAUUGUUUUAUACACCUUAUGGGUAUAUCAUGUACCUAGCACUUGUUUUUAGUUCAUGUUUGUUUAUGAUUUAAAUUAUUCUUUUACGUUUACGGGUAUGUGAGUACCUACUACUUUUUUUAAGUUUUCCAUAUUUAUUAAUUUUUCUUUAAAUGUAAAAACAUCAUUCAAGCAGUUUUUGAAGUGGUUUCUUUAAUAAAUGACACACUAAUAGAGA